CUGCACCGACAGAGUGAACUUAUCUGUAUGAGAACGACGCCCGCAGAAAACUAAAAGCUUUAAAAGUGUCGCUGAGCUCACUUUGUCCGGUACCAGUUUACGUGGAAUCAGCUACUAGGAACACUGAAGUGGCUGUUUCCACAGCCAGUCCGCCUCAGCUUGAUUUUAACGACAAUUUUUAAAACUUUGCACUAAAAAUUACCUCACUGCGCUUCUCCGACGACGGAUCAUUCCUCCUGGAUACGCGCUGCUUCAACAGAAGAACCAUCACUGAAUAUCACAUUUCCUUCACGAUUUUUUUUGGAUGCACCGAUGAGAGAUCCAGUUUUUUCAGGCACUGCCAUGGCUUAUCACCCUUUCCACGCUCAUCGGCCCACCGAUUUCCCGAUGUCAGCCUUCCUGGCGGCUGCUCAGCCCUCGUUUUUCCCGGCUCUGGCACUGCCGCCUGCUCUCACUAAGCCGCUAUCGGAACACAGCCUGGCCGCAGCCGCGGAGGCUGCGCUUCAUCCGGCUCUUACUCACCACCAUCAAGCCGCUCAUCUCCGCAGCCUCAAAAGCCUCGAGCCCGAAGAGGAGGUGGAGGAUGAUCCCAAAGUCACACUGGAAGCAAAGGAUCUAUGGGACCAGUUCCACAAAAUAGGAACAGAGAUGGUUAUUACGAAGUCUGGCAGGAGAAUGUUUCCUCCUUUUAAAGUUCGAAUAAACGGACUUGACAAAAAAGCCAAGUACAUUUUGUUGAUGGAUAUUGUGGCCGCGGAUGACUGUCGCUAUAAGUUUCAUAACUCCCGCUGGAUGGUGGCAGGGAAGGCCGACCCGGAGAUGCCCAAGCGCAUGUACAUUCACCCGGACAGUCCUGCAACAGGAGAGCAGUGGAUGGCCAAACCUGUCGCUUUCCAUAAGCUUAAACUGACGAACAACAUUUCAGACAAGCAUGGAUUUACUAUACUUAAUUCAAUGCAUAAGUACCAGCCUAGGUUUCAUAUUGUGAGGGCCAAUGAUAUUCUGAAGCUUCCCUACAGCACUUUUAGGACUUACGUGUUUCCCGAGACCGAAUUCAUUGCAGUCACUGCUUACCAAAACGACAAGAUUACACAGCUGAAAAUCGACAAUAAUCCAUUUGCCAAAGGCUUUAGAGACACGGGAAACGGAAGGAGGGAGAAAAGGAAGCAGUUAAGUCUCCCCUCGUUACACAUGUAUGAUGUUGGUCAGUGUAAAGUGGACAGAGAAGGAGGAGAUUCAGACGCUUCUUCAGGAGAACAAACCACAGCUAGAGACCAUGCUCACUCCCCUCUUGGACCAGUAGCCAGUCCAAUCACUUUUAGUAGAAGCAGCAAAGAUGAUAAAGCUUGCACUGACAGUGAACAGGAAACAGAUCACCAGGAGGAUCGUAACGGCGGAUUGAACAGUCCUACACAGAAACCAACAUCUCCAUUUAGCCCAAGAUGUGAGGAGCGACCGAGAGAAAAACCGAGUCCUGAUAAGAAGGAAGAUUACUCAGAGUCGAGAAAGCCAAGCGAGUCAAUAUUUAGCUUAAGCAACCUAGACAAAGACAAAUUAGAAAACAAGCCCAGGAAAAAUUCUACAUUCUCGAAAGGACGACAUGGAGUAAAGACAGCUUUCCCGGUCGAGUCCGAGACGAAAGCGGAGCCUUCGCGACGUGCGGGGACGGACGUCGGCCGGCGGACACACCUGCAGAGUCUAGCCCUCUCUGGCCUGCAAAGUCAACAGUUCUUCAACACCGGCCAGCCCCUGCUCUUUCACCCUGGACAAUUCGCGAUGGGCCCCGGGGCUUUUUCGGCCAUGGGCAUGGGACAUCUACUGGCCUCAGUAUCUGGUGUGAGUGCAUUGGAGAAUGGAGUUGUACCAGGCCAGGGAGUCGGAAGUAGUCCUAGUCCAUUUCCCUUUCACUUGUCUCAACACCUGCUAGCCUCUCAGGGCAUCCCUAUGGCCCCCUUCGGUGGUCUGUUCCCCUAUCCGUACACGUACAUGGCUGCAGCAGCUGCGGCCGCCUCUGCACUCCCGACCAGCAGCUCUUCAUCUUCUCUUUCCCGGAACCCGUUCCUGAACAGCUCCAGGUCGCGGCUUCGCUUCAGCCCUUAUCAACUCCCUGUAGCCAUCCCCCCAAGCACAAAUCUGCUCACCACCGGGUUGCCGGCCUCCCUCAAUCCAUCAUCCGAUUCCUCAAAAUCCGGCAGCAGGGAGACGAGCCCUGGGCUUGAUCAGCACAACCAUAAAGCGGCGGGGUCCUCUCAGAGAAACGGUUCUCCCAAAGCCCCACUGAAGGAAUCCAUAAAUGAACUGCAAAAUAUCCAAAGACUAGUGAGCGGCUUGGAGAGUCAGAGGGAGUCAUCCUCGCCCAGAAACUCUCCUAAUUGAGCCCGGAUCAAAAAAACCUAUCCAGAGCAUGACUUGACCUGCCAGAGGAUGUUAAACGGCUAUCAGAAGGAUGUUCGUGUAUUUUUUUAACGUAUGGAAGUGGCAAUAGCAGAGCAGAGAAGAGUAAAUGAGAAAAACACUAGAACUAUAUGUUGCAUUAUUUACUUGGUGCUUUCAUGGUGGAAACUUGAUCUAAAAGUUGCGAAGACAAUCGACUAUGAUCUAUAGCUCAACUGACUCAAUGCAAAACGUACAUCAAAAUCAUGGAAUAAAAUAAAAUAAAAGCAGAAUGUUGGUAUAUAGGCUGAAAAUACCACUGGCCAAUAAGUCGUGGAAAUAAUGACUGAAAUGACACUCAACCAAGCUACAUCCAAAUAAAUAUGUAUUUUAAAAGGGAUUGAAAUUACAUUGGACUGUUUAUGUUAAUCCGAUGGACAGUUGUACGUGAACUAUUUAAUAUAAUUAAAAGAAGAGUAAUUCUGUAAAUAGGCUGUAAGGAUCCAAGAAUAUGCAAAUUGGUAUUAAUUUAUUCAAAGCUGUACAAUGACGUGUAAAUACUAUUUAGAGUUUAACGCAAUGCUUUUUUUUUUCAUUUUACAUAAACGUAUAUUGUAAAUGAAAGCUACAUCAUAUCGCUUGUUGGGUUGGAACAGAUUUGUGAUGCAUUGCUGUUUAAUCUGCCUGUGACACGUAAAGAAAGCGUGCAUAGUUAGCUGUGGCUGAACAACACAUGGGCAACUGUCCAAAACCGCAUACUACUGUAAGUCUGCUAAAUAAUGUCAAAUAGUAAAUCACAUUUAAACUAUUGUCGCAUAGGUGGUCUACUGUUUUGCAUAUUAUUUAGAAUUGUAGUUUGGGCUUUGGAAGGGCCUCAGGAUAUUCACCACAUCACACAUGACAAUAGUCUUCAUGGUCUGGAUUAGAGCUCACAUAAGAAUAUGAGCGUGUUGCAUUUGCUGGUUUCCAGAUUUUUAUUGUUGUUGGAUUCACACUUUCAAUAAA